AUGGUGUUCGCGACAAUCAUUAGAGUUGCUCUCGCGGCUGUGAUCGCGCAGCCGGCUCUAGCAGCUCGCAAGAACAUUAUCAUCGAUACCGACAUUUUCAGCGAUUGCGAUGAUACUGGCGCGCUGCUCCUCGCCGCAACCUCUCCUGAUGUGAACCUGCUUGGCGUCAAUAUCAAUUACCCCUCAACCUACUCAGUUACCGCAACGUCAGCUAUCCUCGCCCAUUAUGGCCUGGCCGAAGUUCCCAUUGGAGCGCGGCGGCCACUGACCAACGAAAGCUUUUUCGACACCUUUUCGUAUAACCUGGGAGAGUACGCAAGCAAGAUCUCCUACCAUUUUCCAGGGGGUUCCAUUCCGUUUGAGGCUGCGGAAGAAGCGUGGGACGCGGUUUCGCUCUACCGCAAACUACUGGCCGAGGCAGAUGAGCCCGUUACAAUUGUCUCUAUUGGCUUCUUCGAGAACCUUUCUGGUCUGCUUAACUCCACCGCAGAUGUGCAUUCGAACCUUACGGGGCCUGCUCUCAUCGCGAGCAAAGUUUCGGAACUGGUCGUGAUGGGAGGUGGGUAUCCAUCAGGAAGAGAAUUCAACUUCUUUGGAGACAACCCGCUUCGUACGGCACAUGUAGUCAACAACUGGAAGGGCCGCAUGGUCUUCUGCGGCACGGAGGUGGGAAGCAUUGUUUUGUCAGGCAGCAAGCUCCUUGCCGAUGGCCCGUUAUCGGACCCGGUUCGCCAAGCGUACAUUUACUACAACUUCUACAAACCUCGAGAGUCCUGGGAUCCUCUUACGGUUCUGUAUGCGAUGAAAGGCCUAGGCGACAUUUUUGAGUACGGCAACAUCAAUGGCCACAACUUUGUUUAUGCCAAUGGUUCAAACGAGUGGCUUUUUGACGGGAAUGUCACUAACCAAUUCUGGCUGAACCUUAAGGUGGAUAAUGUCACUGCCGCCGCAGCUCUCGACAAGCUUUACCUUGAAGGAUCAUUGUCGGUGGUAAAUGGGACAGACGCAUAG